AAAGAGACAGCCCAAGCGCUACCACUUGGCACUCAAGGCCUUACCUAGCUUGAGCUUUGCCUCCUGUGCCACUCCUCCUCCUGUGCUUGGCUCGGUCCACCUUCCAGGGAUCCUGGACUGUGCAGAGUUCCACAAACAGGUAGUGUUAUUUCACACCUCUGCACUUAUGCAUGCGCUGCUUCCUGUCUCUGACACAUCUUCCUGUACAGCCCUGGCUGGCCUGGCAACCACCUUGUUUUUGAAAGUGCAACUGAAACCUCACCUCCAGGAUUCCUGGCCUGCCCCUGCCCCCAUCACUUGGGCCAGGUGUCCCUUCUCUCUGCUCCUUGUCACACAAGGCUUCCCUACUAUAUAGCAGGGUUACGCCAAUUUUGUCCCCCUCCCACUGACCCAUGAACUCCAGGAGGGCAGAGGUGCCUCUGGUGACUUUUCUUGCUGUCACCGGAUCACUAGUACUGUACCUGGGACAUGUAGGUACAUGGAUGGACAGGAAAGCAGCUGUCUUUCUGCCAAAAGAACCAGGAUAUUAGACACGGACACUGGACUGUUUGUCCUCUGUCACAGCCACUUGGGAGGGGCAGGACUGCAGGUGAAAGGGAAUGGAACAGACAUGGAAGAAUCCCUGGGGCCAAAGGCAGGAGGGAGGCAGAGAAGUCAGGGCUGAGGGGCUGAGGCCUUCCUCCGUGGGUACCUUCUAGGGCAUGCGGUGGAACAGUGUGCAGAGGUCAGGUAGCAGAGGAAAGGUCGUUGGCUGCUGGGCGACACUUCUAUGCCCUCUUUGGCUUUGCCUGGCACCUGAUAGGGCUCUGCAGGUCCCAUUCAGCACCAGGCUUUGUUGGACUUGUCAGGGACCCCAGUGGGCCCUCCAGAAGGAUCUGAUUUGUUGCUCUGCUCAGUGGCCACACAUCCUGGCAAGGUCAAGUAAGGUAGGCCUAGCUGAAGCUUGGGAGUCUUUUUUUUUCUUUUGCAGUACCGGGGAUUGAACUCAUGACCUCAUGCUUACCAGGCAGGCACUUAUGCUGCUGAGCUAAAUCCCCAGCAGUUUAGGAGUCUUAAAGGUGGUACCACCAGGGUCCCAGGAUAGGGGUGAGAGUGAGAUAGUGUUCUUUUGUUUUGAGACAGAUGGGGUUAAUGCUACUCUACCCAUGUGCAAAUAAGGAGGAAAACAGAGACAAGAAAGUCUUACCCAACAGACUAAGACCCAUCCCUCAAAGCUUCCUGCUUUUCUCCCGGACCAGGUGGCACCCUCGGCAGGCACAGAGUUGGUAUGGUCCACAGGCUGACGUUCUCUUGCAUCAGUUGUUCUUUACACAAAGCCAGCAAGGCGCACUUUCUAAAUUCUCUUCUAAAAGUCCCUUAACUAGGAGUUGCAAGCCAUAUAGCAACUGGUGGAACCUGGAAAACUUUGUGCCCCACAGUUUGCUGAUGUGUGUCACUGUGACAACACGUGGGGUGGCCCCAGCUUUGUUUUAGAACUCAUGGGCUCAGAAGACCUCUCCGGCCGUCUCAGUGCCUUUGGGAACGAGCAGUCAGGGAGGCCGGGUUGUGGAGAUCCAGAUCUCACAGCCAGAACUUCAUUCCUCAUGGAAUAGAAAGAAACAGAAAAAUUAAAGCCAAGCAAUGAAGAGAUGCACGUGUAAGCUCAUUCACUUUGGGAGUAAACUGGGGCAGGGGAGAGAACAGAGGCAGAGACUUGAGCUUGGAAGCUGGAGACCAGGUGCAUAGUGAGAGGGAGCCCAGGCAGCCCAAGCCAGAUUCAGGCUUGGUGGAAACACCCUUUCUUUCACAAGCGGUAUCCUGUAUUGCUUCACGGGAUGUUUGGGGGAAGUGAGUUUGGGGUUUGGAGGCAGAAUCUCAGCGAGGGCAGAGUGAGCAGAUAGUGUCUGUCCUCUGGCUUAUGGAGCCAAGACACAUGGCCAAGGGUUUUGGGCUCCUCCCUCUUUUGAAUGGCACCUUUAAUGAGCAAAGCCUGCCAGGUUUUCCUCUAUGCCCAGCCCUUUCUCCCAGGAAGCUAUUCUUUUGGGGGUUUUUCCCUUGGGUUUUUGGUGGUUCUGGGGAUCAAAUCCAGGGCCGUGGGCAUGCUAAGCAUGUGAUACACUGAUCAGCUGCAUCCCCAGCCCCUGUUCUGAAGUCUGUUUUCCAUAUACUUUCCGACCUCUGUCUGAUGACUCAGCUCAGCUGAUGCCCUGCAGGGGGAAGCAGCGGGUGACUCAGGCAGGCACUGCAGCUGGGCCCCAGACCCUCAGGACAGGGGCAGGGACUGGAAACUGUGAGGGGGACCUGCCUGGACUGUCCUUUCCAUCCCCAUGCAUGGAACAUGUGAACCACAGAGGGGGAAAAGAUCUUUCCAUCCUAGAGAAUGGGACCCGCGUGGAACUAGCAGAGAGAGCGCUUGAGCUGUGUCACUAACUGGCCUCGCUGACUCAGCCCCAGCUGUGGCCUGGGCUCUGUCUGCUGUCUGCUAGGCUUAAGGGGAAUGCAGACCUAGCGUUGGACCCUCCUCCCCCUUCCGGUCCCUCCAAAAUCCCAUCACUUGUAACGUUUAAAAAAUUGUCCCUCUCCCUGCCAUUAUCUAAAUUACACAUGCAGUGAUGUAGAGGCACCUUCGCCUUGGUGAGACCCAGAGAAACGGAGGAGGAGGACACUCAAACCCAGUGUUUGAGUGUCCAGCUAAGCAGGUUCCUAGAAGCCUCAGAGGUCAACCAGGGAGACUGGCGCCCCCAGCAGCCUGGCCUCUGGGUGUUGUUCGGGGCCUUCCCUGACCUCUGCCCCGAAGAACGUGUGUCUGGAAGGAGCCUGAAGGUUCCGUGGCUUCAUCCUGCUGCUCACCUUCCUCAUUUACACCUGUUAUCACAUGUCACGGAAGCCCAUCAGUGUUGUCAAGAGCCGUCUGCAUCAGAAUUGCUCAGAGCUGAUCAACCCCAUCAAUGACACCCACAGUCUCAAUGACACCACAUGGUGCAGCUGGAGUCCAUUUGACAAAGAUGACUACAAUGUGUUACUGGGGGCCGUGGACAAUGCCUUCCUUGUGGCCUACGCUAUCGGCAUGUUUAUCAGUGGGAUUUUUGGGGAGCGGCUCCCCCUCCGUUACUACCUUUCUGCCGGAAUGUUGCUCAGUGGCCUAUUCACCUCCCUCUUGGGCCUGGCAUAUUUCUGGAACAUCCACAUGCUCUGGUACUUUGUGCUCAUUCAGAUCUGCAAUGGACUUGUCCAGACCACCGGCUGGCCCUCCGUCGUGGCCUGUGUUGGCAACUGGUUCGGGAAGGGGAAACGAGGGUUCAUCAUGGGCAUUUGGAAUUCCCACACUUCUGUGGGCAACAUCAUUGGCUCCCUGAUCGCUGGCGUUUGGGUGAACAGUGAUUGGGGCCUGUCGUUCAUUGUGCCUGGCAUUAUCACUGCUGCCAUGGGCAUCUUUACCUUCUUCUUCCUCAUCGAGUACCCUGAAGAUGUGGACUGCUCUCCUCCUCAGCACCAUGGUGGACCUAGUGAAAAUCAGGACAACCCUGAGGACCCCGGGAACAGUACCUACCAGCACCGGGAGAGCGGCGUGGAAGCUGUGGCCACCUGCCCCAAGGAGCCAGUCCCCGAACCUGCCGCCAUCAGUUUCCUGGGGGCCCUCAAGAUCCCGGGUGUGAUCGAGUUCUCUUUGUGUCUGCUCUUCGCCAAGCUGGUCAGUUACACCUUCCUCUACUGGCUGCCCCUCUACAUCUUCAAUGUGGCUCAUUUUGAUGCCAAGGAGGCUGGAGACCUGUCUACGCUCUUUGAUGUUGGUGGCAUCAUAGGUGGCAUCCUGGCAGGGCUCAUCUCAGACUACAUCAAUGGCAGGGCCACCACUUGCUGCGUCAUGCUGAUCUUGGCUGCCCCGGUGAUGUUUCUGUACAAUUCUGUUGGCCAGAACGGGAUCACCAGCUCCAUAGUGAUGCUGAUUAUCUGUGGGGCGCUGGUCAAUGGCCCGUACGCGCUCAUUACCACAGCAGUCUCCGCUGACCUGGGAACUCACCAGAGCCUGAGGGGUAAUGCCAAGGCCCUCUCCACCGUCACAGCUAUCAUCGAUGGCACUGGCUCCAUAGGUGCGGCCCUGGGGCCCCUGCUGGCAGGGCUCAUCUCCCCCACAGGCUGGAACAACGUCUUCUACAUGCUCAUCGCUGCUGACAUCCUGGCCUGCUUGCUCCUCUGCCGCUUGGUGUACAAGGAGAUCCUGGCCUGGAAGGCGGCCCUGAGCAGAGUCCCAGGCUCUAGUCUGGCCCUAACCCACCCGUGAUAGUAUUUUCAAGUCCCAUGACUCUUCUAUAAAGAAAUAUGAGGCCUCAGCUGGAAGUGAAUCAUGGAUCUCCAAACAGCCCCCCAUGAGAAGACAAUAGAACUUUCCACUGAGGGGAGAAGCAAAGACUCCUGGUCUAACCUCAGCCAGCCCAGCCCAACCGCAGGGCUGCUCAGGGUGCUGAAGACUCCUGACAGGGACUGCCGUGCAAGAGCGGACAGAAGAGUCCGGGGCUGCCGGCAGGAGGGAAGGGAUCAGUGCACAGGCGCAGACAGCGCAAAGGCUCUAGGGUCAGAGGUGCACCUCUCCGCCCCGCGUUAGAUUUUAACCUCUGUAAUCAGCCCUGUUUCACAGGUAACUGACCUCUCUUUUUCCCUUUGCAGUGAGUUAGUCUUCUCUGUGUAUCUCCCCAGGUUUGACCCUCUUCUUGUUUUUGUUUUGUUUUUUGGUACUGGGGAUUGAACUCACAACCUCACGCUUGCCAGCCAGGUGCUUGUGCAACUGGGCUAUAUCCCUAGCCCUGACCUUUUUAUAACUCCGCCUGUGGCUUUGGUUAAAACAUUGUGACCAUUCUUCCAGGGCUGAGAUAGGGUGGGGUAAGAGGGCUGCCUGGGGCAGCACCGGAUGUGAGGGGCUCGCCGCCCUCUGGUGCAGGCACCCACCUCGAGAGCCAGCCUUCCUUGUCCCAUCCCGUCCUUAGCUCUGCUGAUGUCCCAGGUACUGGUGAAAUUAAGAUCAGUGCUGUGGGGUCAGACAGACGUGAGCACAGCUGAAAACAUCUGCGUGCAUGACGCAUUUUGAGAUGAAAUGCAGUGGUUCUGAGUGCCCUGUGGUGCCAGCGCUGCUGCAGGGAUGAAGUGGACCAUGGACAGAGGCCAAGGACUUACGCCCUGAGCACAGGUGCCAGGGUGACAAGACUGGCGGGAAAUGAGAGACUGGUGCACCAUGUUCUCAUACACAUUCCCUCUGCCCCGAGUCCUGGAUUGUGACAUGCCAGGCAGACUCCAGCAUUUCCCCUGACCUCUUCAGCUGCCGGUCAGCACCGAUCAAUACAGAUUUCCUUUGCCAA